CAUUUUCUAUAUAUCAUGGCGCCAGGGCUUCACCGGAUGCCCGUUAUGGGUACAGGAACCAUGGACUUUGCACGUUCUGGAGCACUUAGCUCUGUGACAUCGCUUAGUCGUUCUAUAUUAUCAAAUGCCAUGAUCGUGGGUCGCUUAGUCGUCAAAUUCCGUGAAUGUCCGCAGCUUUCUGAAUUGCGCUGCCUGCUUGUAUCUGCGUGUGUCUGUUCAGUUUAUAAAAAAUUUCUUUCUCCUUCUAUCCACCUCUGCCUACACCUGCACUUCAUCACGCACGCUCACAACCAGCCACAGAACAGCAUGGCUACCACCUCUGCCCCUGAGCCCAGCAGUUGGGGACACUGGCUCUUUGAAGGUAAGCUAUCCCAGACUCUGCUAAACUGGUUUUGUCUGCCAAAGCAGAGCCGCCCUGCAGUGAAGAAAUGGGAUGCUGACAUCAAAGAUAGAAGACCUGGCCACUCCUGACGUCGUGGAGAGUACGGUGGACGUAUCCUUCCGCGUGUACGUCCCCUACCGUCUUUCUCCCCCGGUGGACGGCGCACCAGUUGCUUUUGUGCUGGACGCUUUCAAGGCUCCUCUUCCAGCAUCUCGCUUCGAAGCCAAGGACCGGGAGCCUUCUGCAAGCGUUUUCGAGAUCGAGUCCAACUUCAACACUCCUGUCUAUGAGAACGAAUACUGCGAAGAGACCUUCGCCUUCGCCAGAGCUAUCCUCCAUGAGCAUGCCUCGACUAAGGUCUCCGACAGGAAGUGGUCAUGCGUGGUGUGUUCUGGCCCUGCAUCUACCUUUUUGCACACUGCGUUCCUGCGCAGACAGGUCCUCCAUGAUGACGACACUAUUGACCUUGACAUCGAGAACACAAACAAAGACCCUUCCAUCUGCAACACUUGCAUCGUCGUUGUCGACGUUUCCCUUCCUGCCUGUACGAACAACGGUGAAGAACGCUGCUAUCAGGAGGGAAUUGAGCUUUCCAAAAAAUACGCACAACGAAUCAUGAUGCACAAGGACAUCCUCAUCGAACGCCCUCGCGAGAUCGAGCACGACUCGCAGAAGCCCUUCAACAACCCCAGUGAUAUCAGUCAACCUGGUAUGCCGAUGUUCAAGGACUGUCGCUGCUGUCGAAAGUCGCAGGCCAACUUCGCUUGUGCUGCCUGUCGUAAAGUUGGAUACUGUUCUUUCGAAUGCCAGCAUGAACACUUGUCUGCGCACAAGCAGUACUGCCUCCCAUCACCCGCUCACGACCCAGACGCUCUACCCCUCUUGCUCUCCUGGCUCAUUGGCGACAACCAGCAUCACUAUGCUCGUCUUGAAGAACGUCAGAAACGUUACGCCGAUCUCGACACCCAACGCACCCGUAGCAAAUGGAGGAUGCACCUCUCUGAGGGUCGCUACUUCACCUUCAACGGGAACGGAACCCUCGUUGAAACGGACCCCUGGGCUGAUAUCGGAAUCGAAGAUCGCGUCGUCGACGAAGACGCGCGUGUUGAGUAUCCAGAAGAUGCUCGGAUCUUGCUUUGUCUGAAACGUUUCGGAGAUGAGGACGCAACGACUGAGAGGGCCACCUCUAGAGACGACAAUCAGGCCAUGACUGGUGGUCUCUGGCAACCUCCUCGUCGCGAACCAGAACGCAAAAUCCCGAUUGCGCAGCAGAGUCUUUGGCAGCCUCGUUCUUCCUCCGCUCAGACUUCAGGCACGCAGACUCCAACUCAGAACAUCAGAGAGCACACCAUGUCUGGAGGUGUGAUUCACGAAGAAACAUUCACUUCCCUGUCUCUCUCUGAUAUGAGACGCGCGUGAUCGGCAGCCAGCUUAUGUAGUCUUGCUUCGCGCAUAAGACCACAUGGCAAGCUACGGACCUCAGUUGGAAUUUCCGACUCACUUGCCCGUCUACCUUUCUUUGUAUUUCCAUUUUCUCGGCACUAGCACCUCUAUCCUUGUUCUUUUAUGGUAUCAGGAGCGACCAUCUUCUUCUUCAUGCGAUCGGCGCAAUCCUCGGAGUUGGAUCAUGAUACCCUCGCGCCUCAAUCGGACAGCAACAAUUAUGCUUGGCUUUGUCUGAAAUUACUUCUUGGGGCGUUGUUGAUGUUGUUUGAAGCUUAUGCUUCCAGAAUGUAACUACCUUUUCUUUUCAUCAUGUUUCCUGCCUGUUAAUUAGUUAGCUAGUAGCCUGCA